GUGUCCCAAGGAUGAAGUGGAGCUGGCUCCCUGCACACCGCACAGCGACCUUCAGUGUGGUCCUCCCACCAACACCUCUUCCAGCUCCUCUAGUAAGUGGGGAGCUGGCUACCUGCUGCAGCAGGUGACAAGGCACAAGAGGGAGGGUCUGGGGACACAGGACAACAUCCGCAACGAGCAGUUCUCCCGGGAUCAGCUGCUCCAAAGGGCGUCGGGUUCGGUGACUCCCAGAGCUCCAGGGCUGGAGGAUUGGAAGAGAUAUGGCCGAGCCCUCGGUCUGCUGGAGAAUGACAUUGCCCUGGCAGAGAUGAAUGACAAAUAUUCACUGGAGCCCUUCUUCCAGAUGCUCAACACGUGGCAGAACAGAGAAGGGAUGAAAGCCUCUGUGAACACGCUGCUGGAGACCCUGUGUGAGAUCAAUCUCGGAGGGAUUGCAGAGGACAUCUCCUCCAAGCUGGUCCAGCAGGGAUCUUUCCAGUAUGAAGUGAGCUGAGGAGCAGGGCGGGCCCCUGCAUCUCUCUACUUCAAGCUGAAGGUUUCAGUGGGCACCAAAGGAGCUGGACCAGAUGCUCAGCAGCUGCUCCGUGUGGCACUGAGGAACACAGCCCAUGGUGAUAACUGCUCUGCCAUGCUGGGAAUGAUCCCCACCAACCAUGGGAAAUCCUCAGCACCAAACUUGGGCUCUGCUUUUAUACCUACGCCGUGA